CGAACAUUCGGGAUUGUGUAGAGUGAGCGAUGCACCGCUCAAAACUCUUGGUGUUCAUCGUCUUAUUAUGGGUUUUCCAAAUCGACGCUCUUACCACCACUCGUACUACCACUCGUACCAUCACUCGUACCACCACUCGUAAAAGAACCACGGCCAAGGCCAGGACAACAACCAAAAAGAAAGUCGUCCAGGUGGUCAACAAAGGGUUAAAAUUCGAUCAGAAGCUCGAAUCAACUCCUGACGUUGAUACUGGCUUUAGUUGCUACGAUGCUUGCUAUCCCAACUCUACUUUUCUUGAUGACGCAGGAAGAAUACAAAAUUCCAGUAUUUACGGAACUUUUGUGAGUGCCUGCGACAAAACUUAUUUGAUGGGCACUAAAGAAGUGACGUGGGAGCAGAAUUGGAAACUGUGUUGUGCUUUGGGCAUGCAACCGGUGCUGAUCGAGACGCUGGAGGAGUCGCAGUGUCUGGCCACCUCGCUGCCGGCCAACGUGACUGCGGACGAGGCCUACUGGACUGGCGGCUUCAAGCACGAGCUCAACAACAUGUGGUCUUGGUGCACCAAGGACAGUCCGGAGCCCAUCGACGAGAGUCUCAUCACCGAAGUCAGCAAUGAUAAGAGCAAGUUCGACGACACGGCCAUUCAACUCAGCUUCGACUUCAGUUCCAUGCUCACCAAUUGGAAGCCAGAAAACAAGUAUAACCUCAUGUGCGAGUCCGUCACCAAAUCCGUCGUCGAGUUAGUCGGAAAUAAGAACUGCCGAGCCAAAUGCAUUAAUAAGGAGUGCACCAGAAACACCACUUUGUUUGUGAAGAAAGGCCUGGAUGAGCGGUUUGAGUUAAAGGACCGGUACAAACAUGGUCGUUGGGUUUCAAAAUGCGGACGCUACUUCCUCUUUUCCAACAAAAUGGUGACCUACUCUGAUGCGCGGGACAUGUGUUGCGCCCUCGGCACAAGACUUAUCGCGCUUAAGACAGAGGCCAAACGCAAGUGCAUCACCAAACUGGCAAAGGACUUUCCGGAAAUUGUGGGAAACUUUUGGACCUCGGGCGCCGACUUUGGUUGUCCGAACAACUUCAGGUGGUGCUCGGUGGAUAGAGCGUUUUUGAAGCGCAACAUAAACUGGGCCCCCGGUGAGCCUAACGUCACAAAAGGCGACUGCGUGAGCUUAAAAGUGAGCAACGUGCACCCCAACCAAACCACCCUUGCCGUAGACGAUUGCAAUGCUAAAAAGUUCUUUGCCUGCGAGGUGCGGCAGUCUGGCACUUCAAUUGAAGCUGUGCAGAAAGAAUGCGCCGAGCUUUUGACGCUCUCACUUGAUGAGGUGUAUGGCUUAGACAACCCAAACAAUUACACAUACCGCAUGAAGUGCUACGUUCAGUGUUUGGGUGACAACCUUGGAAUGUUAGUGAAUGGAACACUGCAAGAGGGCAACGUUCUGCGGCUCAUGGAAAGUUCUAAUGAAAAGAGCGACAUGCAGAAGGGCUACGAAGCGAUUGAGCGAUGCAAGAGCUACUCCGUCAAGAACGACGAUUGUGAGAACGCAUAUCAGCUGUACAUGUGCGCAAAACGCGAGGCACCGGUUGUCUUUGGAAAAGUGGUCGUUUACAAAUUCCGCAUCGAUGGCUACGUGUAUCCGCCUGUGAAAAUCGAAGUUCCCAGAAUUUGCAAUAUGAACCAGAACGAGCUUUGUAGGGAAAAUAGGACGGCUAUUAAUGAAUUUGACACCUUGAACAUGACUACAAUGGGCGGAAUUGCAAUCACAGGGUGGGAUGGAAAAAAAUGGUACAAAUCCGAGUACGCACUAAACCACACGUAUGAGCUUGCCUUCAAGCGAUGCUGCGCCUUGGGAAUGUAUCUGCCGAUCACCAAAACCUUUGACGAGUUCAAGAAGCUUUACGAUUUCAUAAACGGAAGCAAAGUUGACAAUUUCUACGGAGAAACGUACUCCAACCCGGACGGCGAGCGUUGGUGCCGACACGACGCCCUGAUAGACCCUGAAAUGACGGCUGAUGGUUUCAGCUUGGCGCACGAGCGUUCCUUCUUGUACACGCGCCGCGGGGGGAAGCCGCUCUACAAACUGACCACCCUCAUGUUCAGCUACAUGUUCGACACCCGCGUCAACUACUUUUACUGCGAGUCUUGGGACGAGCCCACCGAAACCACCACCGUCGCAGCUUGAACAAUUAUUCGUCGCUAGCAAUCUUUUGACUAGCGUUUUUUAUAUUUCGGCUUGAAUUCGAUUAAAUAUACUAUUAAUUUUUCGAUACAAUCAUAUAAAAUUGAAUUAAGUGUAUAUUUAAAAUUAUAUUUGAUUGGUGCUAUCAAAAUUCAAAAGAAUUCUAAA